AAUUCAUUUAAGAACCAAAACAAAGUUGCUUUUGGUUGUUUGUGUACCUAAUUAUUAUAAAUUGUAAAUAAUAGUUUUGUUACUUAUUAGUUUGCCUACAGUAUUAUAAUAAUAAUAUUGCUUAUAACAAACUGUUUAAGACUAGUAGUAAAUAAUUAAUUUCAGUUAGCUGUAGGUUUUAUCUGCAGGUUAGGUUAGCUGAUAUACACUGAUAAGAUCUUAAUUGUAAAGAUAAUAUUAUCAGAAUCAAAAACUUAAAAUAAAUUAAGUAUUAUUUUUAAACGAUCAGUUGAUAACAAUGGCCAGGAUGCUGUGGAAACUAUCACAUACUAUGAAGUUUGCUGAGAGGCUGGCAGCAUAUAAAGCUGGGAACGCGAGGUUAAUGUCUAGCGAGAUGGAGAGGGGAACUAACUUCUUUUUUAGACAGUUAUUUGACACAGUGAGCAGCACAUACACAUACUUGCUGGGUGACAUGAAGACUCGGGAAGCGGUGUUGAUAGACCCAGUGCUGGAACACGCUCAGAGGGAUGCUGCAUUGAUAAAGGAACUUGGGUUCAAAUUACUAUACGCAAUGAACACACACAUGCACGCAGACCACAUAACGGGCACGGGCAAACUGAAAUCCCUUUUGCCCGGCACUAAGAGCGUGAUCGGCAAAGCGUCCGGUGCCCAGGCUGAUAUGCACCUGCUGGACGGUGACCUGGUGAGCUUCGGGUGCCAUCAGUUGCUGGCUACCGCCACCCCUGGACAUACCAAUGGUUGCUUGACUUACAUAUCGCAUGAACAGGGUAUUGCGUUCACAGGCGAUACGCUGCUAAUACGAGGCUGUGGUCGAACCGAUUUCCAGGAGGGAUCAUCAGAAACCCUUUACAAAUCGGUUCAUGACAAAAUAUUCACUUUGCCCGACAGCUACACGCUUUACCCUGCUCACGACUAUAAGGGCCAAACCGCCACCACUGUGGGCGAGGAGAAGAAGUAUAACCCGAGGUUGACCAAAUCGCUGAAGGAAUUCAUUGAUAUUAUGGAGAAUUUGAAUUUGCCGUAUCCUAAAAUGAUUGAUAAAGCAGUACCUGCGAAUAGAGUAUGUGGACUGUAUUAAACUAGACUCUACCUAAUGUGGCUAUAAUUCUGUUAGACACAGUAACUAAACGAAAUUGACAGAUCUAAAUCUAGUUCUAUCCUUUUCUGCAGGGAACAUUAUGAAAAGGAAACCAAGUAUAUCGACAUCUGUCAUUCUAGUAUAGUAUAUACCUACUAAACCACAGUUCACGACAGUUAGGGAACUUCUAACAAAACUUUGAGGUUUCGACGUCAUUGGCCCUAAGAUAACCCUAUUUUUUUUUAUUUCAUGUCACCAUAGUCUAAUAUUUCACAACCGAGAAUUCCCUCACUCAAGUCUCACUCUGCUAAAGCUAAAUUGACAAAUCGAAAUCUUACUAUUGUAGUGCUAUUCGUUUCCGCAGGGUGCUUUAUGAAAGAGAUACAAUAUUUUUUAUAAAUAAAAUUGGUUUAUGGAUUUAUGAAAGAAAAACAAACCAAUAACAUUUUGGUUUUGUUUCAAAUAGACUAUUAUAAUUUAGAAGUCUUUAUUGAUCCUACUGA